AACCAGCCCACUCAAAGCAAAACAAUUGCAGUGAGUAAGUUAUCCGGCGUUAAUUUUGUAUCAAUAUUAAUUUUACCACACCAAUACAGACAUUUGAUAACCACUCGAAAGAAGUAACGACGGGAAAUUACUGGGCAACUGUGCACAAUCUCGGUACGGAAUCUUCCCAGGAAUCUAUUCAACUAUAUAACUGUAAAUGAACAGCUGCAAGACGCAAAGUCAACCAUCCAAGACCUUUAUCCACAAAGUGCCCACGUCUGUUUAAGAACAUGGACAAGGAAGGAUACGUGUGAAGAGAAGGACAGCAGAGAUUUGCUCUCAUUUUCAUACUGAAGUCUCCUUUAAGUUUCAGAUCUUGUGACACAAUGAGCACCUCCAACAUGGAAGCCACAACCAUGCUGCCAGUCCUGAAGAAGAAACUGGCAUUUUUGUCAGGAGGCAAGGACCGGCGCAGCGGGCUGAUCCUCACCAUACCGCUGUGCACGGAGCAGACCAGCAUGGAGGAGUUGAGUGCCACGCUGGACUAUCUCCUCGGCAUCCCCAGUGAGAAGUGCAAAGCACGAGGAUUCACAGUCAUUGUGGACGGGAGGAAGUCACAGUGGAAUGUUGUGAAAACAGUGGUACUGAUGCUGCAGAAUGUCAUUCCUGCUGAGGUGUCCUUGGUGUGUGUCGUGAAACCUGAUGAAUUCUGGGACAAGAAAGUCACCCACUUCUGUUUCUGGAAGGAGAAGGAUCGUCUAGGCUUUGAGGUCAUCCUGGUGUCGGCCAACAAACUGACGCGCUACAUUGAGCCGUGUCAGCUGACGGAAGAAUUCGGGGGGAGUCUGUUGUACGACCACAUGGACUGGGUCAACAAGAGACUGGUCUUUGAGAAAUUCACCAGGGAGUCCACGUCCCUUUUGGAUGAGCUAGCGGUCAUCAAUGAGAACGAAAAGUCCAACCAGCCAGACAAAGACAGACCACCAGAUUGUAACGCCUUGCCAUCCUUCGACCCAGAAACGGUUUUACAAACAGGUCACGAGUUGCUGUCGGAGCUGCAGCAGCGGCGCUUCAACGGCUCCGAGGGUGGCGGCGGCGGCAGUGGUGGUGGCGGUGGCGGGGGCACGGCCUGGUCGCCCAUGGACGACGAGCUGCUGGCCCAGCCGCAAGUGAUGAAGCUGCUGGACUCGCUGCGGGAGGAGUACACCAAGUACCAGGAGGUGUGCCGGCAGAGGAGCAAGCGCUCGCAGCUGGAGGAGAUCCAGACCAAGGUCAUGCAGGUUGUGAACUGGCUGGAGGGUCCGGGUACUGAGCAGCUCCGUGCCCAGUGGGGGAUCGGGGACUCCAUCCGGGCCUCACAGGCCUUGCAGCAGAAGCACGAGGAGAUUGAGAGCCAACACAGCGAGUGGUUUGCGGUGUACGUGGAGCUGAACCAGCAGAUCGCCGCUCUGCUGAGUGCCGGCGACGAGGAGGACCUGUUGGAGCUGAAGGCCCUGCAGCAGCAGCUGAGCGACGUCUGCUAUCGGCAGGCCAGCCAGCUGGAGUCCCGGCAGAACGUGCUGCAGUCCGCCCACGAGUUCCAUGGCACCGCCCAGGACCUGUCCCAGCAGCUGGACGGCUUGCUCGGCAUGCUCUGUGCCGACGUAGCCCCCGCGGACGGCGCCGCCAUCCAGCAGACCCUCAAGCACCUGGAGGAGAAGCUGAAGAGCGUAGAUGGCGCCCUACAAGGCCUCAAAGAGAAGGGUCAGGUUCUGCUGGAUCAAAUGUCCAAUCAGGCCUCCUGGUCGUAUGGAAAAGAAGCUCCGCUGGAGAACAAGGAAAAUGUCGACCACAUCCACAGUGUCAUGGAGGACAUGCAGCUCCGCAAACAAAGGUGUGAAGAUAUGGUGGAUGUGCGGAGACUGAAGAUGCUUCAGAUGGUCCAGCUUUUCAAGUGUGAAGAGGACGCCUCACAGGCGGUGGAGUGGCUGGGGGAGCUGCUGGACGCUCUGCUGAAGACCCACUUGAGACUGGGCGAUGACUCACAGGAGACCAAAGUGCUCCUGGAGAAGCACAAAAAGUUUGUUGAUGUUGCACAGAGCACCUAUGACUAUGGUCGGCAGCUCCUCCAGGCCACGGUGGUCCUGUGCCAGUCCCUGCGCUGCACCACCCGCUCCUCGGGCGACACGCUGCCCCGUCUGAACCGCGUGUGGAAGCAGUUCUCCGUCACCUCCGAGGAGCGAGUGCACCGGCUGGAGAUGGCCAGCUCCUUCCACACCUCCGCAGAGAAUCUGCUGAAAGAGAGCCCGGAGCAGGCUGAGCUCAUGGUGUUGGACCUGGAGUCGUGUGAGGAGGUGGUGGUGCUGGGGAAGUCUCUCCUGGACCGCCUCACUGUGCCUGUCAUAUUCCCAGACGGGAGUGAGCACUUCUUUGGCAGCCCUGGCGACAUGGCGUCGUCUGCGGAGAGUGUGCGGGAGAAGCUGAAGCUGGUGGAGGAGAAACGCUUCCAGCUGGAGGAGGUGGAGCAGCUCCAGCACCAGGAAGAGGCACUAGAGACUGAAGAGCUGGAGAGCUAAUGCAGCCUCUCAAUUACGCAUCGUGAACCCCCCCCCCCCCACCCCCCAUUCGGAGCCUGGGAACCCCCUUCCGGAACAUCGCCUCAUCCUCACGUGCUCUAGGUGUUGGUCAGAUUUUUAUGUAGGCGGGGGGGGGGGGGGUCGGUACGCUCAUGCUCCUACCAUCUCAGUUAUACGCUGCCUUUGCCAGAUCAUCUUAACUUACCAAGUGCUGUUAAAGAUAGACAGCUUGCCGAAAUCCCCUUACAUUGCUUAUAGCACACGGGAAAAAAUGAGAAGACAUCCAAAAAAAAUAAAUAAACAAAAAGAGACAAGAAACGAGAAAAGACUGCACUGAACUUGUUCCCCCCUUAAAAGCUUUACCUUUGUUUACUGGCACUUGUCCUCCGUUACGCAGGCUGGUGACUCAAGCUUUUUUUACGGUGCUACUAAACCUGUAGAAUGUGCCGGGAGCACCACAUCUGGCUUUGUUUUAACCUGGUGCUGUAGAGUUUCUUGGCCUCCUGGCAAACUUUUCCAUUGACCGUCAGCAAUGUAUUUUGUAUUUCUUUUCUGUUGCUUCCUGUUUUGCAGUACUUCAGUGUAUUUGAGUACUUAAGCAAAACUCUCUAUCGAUAUUUUUUAUUGUGCCAAUGCAAGAACGGAAGGACUUUAAAUUGGACACAAACUGCCAACCUAACUGGUUAAAGUUCAGACAGCAAUGUUAGUCAUGGGAGACAUCAACUAGCCCAUAAAGACAUUUAGCAGACGACAUUAGUUGUGUGUAUCAAGGUACAAUAUGAAAACAAAGCCUUGUUGAAAUCCUAGACUAGAACUGUGGCUUCAAGCUUUGUUUUGAUAAAUAAAAUGUGAAACAAAUGAUGUUGCAUCUCAUAAUUGUCCUUCUAAUAUGUACUUUUUCCUGCUUUUUGAGGCAUGCUGUUAUAAUAAUUCCAUAUUUAUUUUGUUUUGUAUUUUAAUUGAUAUGCCUUUAAAUUUGUACAAAACUUGGCAUUUUUACAUUUAAGCAUAAGCUAAUUAUGUGUUUAAUGAACACAUGGGUCACAAGAAAUAAAUUGGCAAAUGAACAGCAAACUGAGGA